AUGAAUCUCAGUGGUACAUUAAAUGCAUUCAGGAUACUAUACAAUCCAUAUAUUUGCAGACCAAACCUAGUAAUUGAUACUUUCAAUCACUUACCGGUACCUAUCAAUGAACAUAUCAAAGCAGUUGUUCUAGACAAGGAUAACUGUUUUGCCUUUCCUAAAGAAAAUAAAGUAUGGCAUGAAUAUGAAAAUAAAUGGGAGUUAUUGAGAAAUACAUAUCAAGGAAGGGCGCUACUCAUUGUAAGCAAUAGCGCUGGGUCAAAUGAUGAUAUAGAUAACGUACAGGCCAAAUUUAUAGAAGACACUAUAGGUGUACAUGUAUUACGACAUUCAACGAAAAAACCAGGUUGUCAUGAUGAGAUUGUUGAUUAUUUUCGUUGCCAUAAUAUUAUUAAGGACCCAAGUGAAAUAGCCGUUGUUGGAGACAGACUAUUCACAGAUAUAAUGAUGGCAAACCUGAUGAACUCAUACGGAGUGUGGGUUAAGGAUGGUGUAGUGAAAUCUAAUAAUAUUCUCAGUAGGUUAGAAAAACUCAUAUUUGGCCCAAAAUAA